AUGGGUGGUCUCAUGAUGGCUGGUGCUCUGGCAAAUGGACAAUGCUCGUUUGCAUCAAGCACUACAUGGGUGAGUUUAAGUGCGCCGAUGGGUGGUAGCAUGGGUUCCGACUACGUCCAGGAUGCUUGCAGAGGAAAAAACGCAUUUAUUCAGGCAGUAGUCAAUCUAAUUGGACAAUGCCCUGUCAACAAUUCCACCCUGGGGCUUGCUUACCAGGACGAGAGAUUCUGCACGUCAGCUCUUAAUGAGGCAUUUGCUGCCGCUCAGGACGCAUUUCGUUCAAAUGUUCAUGCUGCAAUAUGCAGCGACAACUACUCGGGCCUGCUUUCAAUCGAACAGCUAAAGUACUCGCUGGGAGGCUCCUUCGUCAGUCACAAAUCGAAGCAAAAUGAUGGUAUUGUUGAGUUCUCGAGCUGCGCGAAAGGUCUUGAGAUGUCCAAGUUUGGUAGUACAUAUAGCGACACUUUCUACUUGACCCAGCUAAAUCACGCUGACACAACUUUUCGCUAUGGCGAUUCGCUGUUUUCGAAUUCGCAAAAGCCAGUUAAGUGGUUUGAGUGCUUGUUGUGA